AUGGAUAGGCGUCGGACCGGACAAAGUCGGGGAGAUCGGAAGCCACCAGGGCCGCGUCGUCGGCAAAGGCCGCGACGGCGGCAGCGAGGCACACGAGGCGGCGGCAGCGCUCCGCGACAGUCGGGUGGUGGGCCUCAGGCCGGCGCUGGAAGGGAUGAGGCCGGGUGGAAGACCGCCGCGGAGAGGGGCAAGGAGACCGCCGCGAGGAGGUCGGCGGGGAUGACGGCACCGGAGGUGCGGAGGAGGCUCGGUGUGGGCAAGGGCGAGGCCGGCGCUGGGAGGGGCGGAGGCUUGCGCAGGGAGGUCCCUCCUAGGCGGCGUGGAGAGGGGCAGAGGAGGCCGGCGGCGGCGACUCCAAAGUCCAAACCCCUCCGAGCGAUGCGGGAAUACGCAGCUGCGUGA